AUGAUCAAUGUUUCAUUUAAAGAGUUGAGAGUGAUUGAGAAUAGAAAUUUGGAGGGAAAUACAGCGUGCAUUGUCCAUUUGGUGGUGUUGUGUGAGAAACCUCGAGAGACUGGAUUAAUUCAUGUGAUAAAGUAAAAAAGUGAACGAAAAUAACAAAAAAAAAACCGAGCAAGAAAGAUUUCUUUUUGAGAGAAGUUAACUUAUAUAGUUAUAUAGGUUAGCAAUUCUCUUGGAAGAGUACUUUGCUCUGUUUCAGAUGCUGUACAACUCCAAAAAAUUGUGAAAAAAUAAUUAUAUAAAAUGAAUAAAAGUAAAAACGUAUGGUGUGCAGUACCAGAAUGCACAAAAAAAUUUGAUUUAGAAGAUCGUUAUUUUUUUCGAUUUCCAAAGGAACAUGAGAGAUGGUUGCAAUGGGUACGAGCAUGUGGAAGGCUAGACUUAGAACCAAAAGGUCCAGAAUAUGCAUACCAGAAUUGUCGAUUGUGCCAUUUGCAUUUUGAAGAGAAAUGGUACAAAAUAAAUAAAAUGAGAACUCGACUUCACCCAGAUGCCAUACCGACAAUAUUUUUUGGAUCAGAUUGUGGGAAAGAAAACACAAUUGGCAGUGUGCAAUACCAGAAACACAAUGACAUGGAAAUUGAAGACGAAGCAGAAAUAAAUAAGAUCGGUGUUUGGGCCUUAAAGAGUUAA